AUGAAUAGCCAAAUAUCGGAACUGGAACUUACCAGAACUACACACCUUGCAUCUGCAUCACCUCACGUUUCUAAAGCAGUAUCAAGUUUGAGCGUGGAGGAUGAUGGUACCAUCACUAGUACUGCUACCGUUUCUGACCAAGUGAAUCUGAACAUUGAGAAUGAUAUUACUACCAGGAUUGCUAAUGAGGCUAAGAUCCAGCAUGCAAAUAUUUCCAAGAUAGUAAAGGAGAAGGACUUCGCUACCUUACAGAACUUUGGAGGCAUCAAAGGAAUUGCAGAGGCACUCAGUACAGAUUUACACAGUGGAAUCCCAGGUGAUGAACAAGAUCUUCAUGAUCGAUGCAGUGCAGUAGUCUCAACAACACAGGCUCCAACUCCAAGCUUCUUUAAACUUCUCCGACAAUCUUGUUUCGAUUGGACCGUUUUCCUUCUCUUCGUGUGUGUCAUCCUGUCAACUGUAUUUGGUAUCCAGCAGGAAGGCCCAAGUAAUGGUUGGCUUGAAGGAGUUGUCGGAAUGUUUGCGAUCAUCAUACUUGUGGUUGUACCUACAAUGCGCAAGUAUUUCUCCAUGCCGCAUCCCAGGAAUACUAGUCAAAUGAAAACUAAGGUCCGCAGAGGAGGAAACCUGCUUCAUAUCUCCCCAUCGGAUGUUGUGCCAGGUGACAUAGUAUGCUUGGAAUUGGGAUCUCUAGUUCCUGCUGAUGGUUUGUUCGUUUCGACUGGUGAAUCCUUAGUGUUGGAAGAUGGUAUGAAAUUUCCAACCGUCGAUGACAGCAAUCCUUUUCUGGUUUAUGGUGCAAGGGUGGUAAAUGGUAAUGGUCGCAUGUUGGUUACUUGUGUGGGGAUGAAGACAACAUUAGGUGAGCUGAUGGGCCAAGUUAGAUGUACACCUAACCAGGACCAAUUACCAGCUCAACUUGAUAACUUGAGCACAAGGUUGCAGAAUGUUGGGCUCUUGAUCACAAUUUUCAUGACUGUAGUGCUUAUCAUUCGUUCCGUGGUUCUAAAGGUUAAUGAGUACCCUGGCCUCCAAGCUGAUCAGUUCAAGGCUAAACCAACUGCAAGCGAGGAGCUAAUCAAUGUCAUUGGCAGAUUUUUCAUGAAAUCAAGUGGGCAGAUUAGUGUGUUGGCGAUGUAUCUGCCUUUAUUGAUUGUAGGCUUAGCGGAAGGAGUACCUUUUUCAGUUGCACUUGCCAUCAAUUAUUGGACUAAGACCACGCUGUCUGGGAAAGCUAGUGCUCAGAGAAUCUUAGCUUGUUUCACCAUGGGCUGUGUGUCAAAUAUUUGCAUUGGUGAUGGGCUAACUUUGAACCCUGUAAUUGAAGUCGACGUGAGCUGUGAUGGGGAUCAAAUAAUCGAUACAGAGAGUGUUGCUGGUAUUAACAGACACGUUCGUGAAGCUUUAUACAAAGGAAUUAGCACACCACUUUUGAUGCCUUCAAGCCCUUGUAGCUCAACAGAACACCGGGUCCUGCUACCGUGGGCCAAAUCUAAUUUGGGUAUGGACAAUGAGAAUUUAUUGCAAAAUUGCACCAUUGUGGGGAGCGAAAAGUUGAGCACCGAUGAGGAGGCUAGUGGAGUUCUGAUGAAGGACAAUGAAACUGGAGAUAUGUGCUUUUAUUGGAAUGGACCUGCAACAACAAUAUUGCCCAUGUGUUCCGAAUACUAUGACAGCAAGGGGACAACAAAGCUCAUGGAUGAACAGAAGAAACGUGAUUUUAAAGAAAUUAUGGGGAACAUGCAGUCCAAACAUCUCAAGACCAUUGCAUUUGCGUACAAGAAGAUUGAUGCUCUAAUGCCUGAAGAAGGCAACAGCUUAAUAUUGAUAGGACUUCUAGGUGUGAAGUGUUGCACUGAGACAAUGGAAGCACUGGAAGUUCUACAAAAAGCAGGAGUGGACAUCAUCCAGUUCCCAAAAGAUAAAGAGUCAGUACUGUCGGAAGGUGAAAGUCCUGUUUAUGGAAUGGGAAGACCUGCUGACAAGCUCCACACACUGCAACGUCUGAAGGAAGAGGGCCAUGUUGUAGCAAUGGUUGGGGCUAGAACAAAUGAGACUCCAGCUCUAAAAGAAGCCGAUGUGGGGAUUGCAAUAGGGACUUGCCUUAGUGAGAUGGCAAGAGAGGGUUCUGAUCUCAUCAUCCCCGAUUGCAGUCUCAGUUUCUUGGUCAACAUUAUUCGGAUCGGAAGAUGCAUUCACUACAACAUUCAGAAGUACAUCCAAGUUGAGCUCACCAUGAAUAUAUCAUUGCUUGUGACAAUCUCGAUCACUACAAUGUCCUCGGGACAUGGCACAGUUGGGGCAAUCGAAGUAGUGUGGGCAAAUAUGGUUGUGACACUAUGUGGGCUUGCGCUACUGGUUGAGCCGCCAACCGAGGAGCAGAUGGCAAAGCCGCCGGUAAAACAAACUGAAUCUCUCAUUACCAAGGCAAUGUGGAGAAACAUAUUACUUCAAGCUUUAUAUCAGGCUGCCAUCUUGGUCACCUUUCAGUCCAAAUAUAAAGCUCUCCCAGGCAUCAACGAGAAGAUUAUGGAGUCCAUAGUUUUCAGCAGUUAUGUUCUUUGUCAGGUAUUUAAUCAAGUCAGCUCAAGGGAGCUAGAGAAGAAAAAUGUGUUCAGAGGUAUACUUCGAACUCGAUGGUUAUGGGUGGCUGUGGGGGUUAGUAUCACGAUGCAGGUGGGUUUUGUUGAGAUUGCACACAAGGUUGCUGGCAAUGCAAGGUUGAAUUGGGCACAAUGGGGUGUCGGUCUUUUAAUAGCGAUGGUUUCCUGGCCAAUCGAUUUGGCUGGGAAAUGCGUAUGGGGUGUCAUCAUGAAGAUUAGAAUACUUGAAUCUGAUAUUGGAUCCACCAGUAUGAGGUCCUCUGCUGUCUCAGAAUCAGCUUCUAAUCGAGAGCUCCUAGUUUGAUGAAAUGGUACGUGAAGGAAUCCAUGGAGCUCCUAGAAUACUAUUUCGUCACUUCAAUGAUUCCUUGUUUGUAGUCAUUCUUUUUGGGUUAGUACUGUGAUCAUCAUUUUGAAUGUACAGUGUAGAUUAAUAAUUUUUCUAUUUUUUUCAGAAGCACAUUGAUGUCCAAUUAAUAUUUGUUUUUUUUUUCCAAUUAAUGCAUUCUAUCUAAUGUUUUAGUAUUGUUGUUAAUUGAUUUAAAAUUAUAAAGCUUUCAAUGGUUCCUAGAAUUUGUUGUAGGUUGUAGUUAUACUGUUAAAUCAAAUACAUAUGAUAGGUUUGAGAUUGUUUUUUAGAAUGAUAGAACCGCUUUUAAUUUAGAGGAGUUUUAAAUACACACCCUUAUUUUCUUAAUACACACCCCAUACUCAAUACACCACUUAUUUAAUUUUUCAUUCUAAUAUUAGACUAAAUACACAACCCAAAUGACCUAAAAUACCCUUAAUCUCUAAAACCAUGAAAUAUCAUAUUAUUUGACUAUAUUAAGAUUAUUAUUUAAUAUGAUUAUUAGAUAUUACUAUAUUGAGAUUUCAUAAUUUUCUUUUACAUAUUUUCUUCUAUUUUUUGCUGGAUAUUUUGGCCUAUCCCAACUCCAUUAUGACAUCAAUUAAUUGAUGUAUUGCAACGUAUAGGGUUUAGAAAAAGAGACAUAGAAAUGCGCGAUUCAAUUUUUUUCUUCUUCUAAUACAUAGAUGUCUAUUUUGGUCAUUUAACAUACUUAUAAAAUCUAAUUUGAAAUAUAAAAUAAUAGGGAUGUGUAUUAAGUAGUUAGGGGUGUGUAUUUAAAAUUUCUCUUUAAUUUAAAAAAAAAAAAUAUAUAUAUAUAUAUAUAUAUAAAUGUUAAAAAAAAGAAAGAAAAGGAUUGGUUGAGGUUUAGAAGCAUUACAAAGUGGCUUUGAGCAAUUGUCAAGUGACUGUUGUGCACAGGAAAAAUGCUUAAAUUUGAUAUAAAAAAAUUCAGGUAUUUCAGAAUCAAUCCCAAAAAGGUCCACAAUCUUGUGUUCAUAUAUUAUAGUAUUAUACCAAAGUCAACACGUUUUCGAUCAGACUUGGUCAAUUUUGGAAGUAAGCAAUAUCAACCAGAUAUUUACAUACCACACGAAUUGUGUGGUUUUGCUAAGACGGUAAGACCCCAUCAACCCCCAUCCGUUGAGUAAUUGUAGUCCACAUCUUUUUUUUUGUUGAUGAAGGUUGUAAUAAACUUAUUUUACUGCAUGUCAAAUUGUCAAUCAUAUCUUUGAUUUUGAACUUUUAGUCAACAACAACAAUAAUGAAGGAUUUCACUAUUAUUUUUUGGUCAUCAUUCUUACAUUUAGAUUUUAGAUUCUUGUAGGUUUAAAAUUGUAAAAGAGUUUGUUAUUAUGCGUAGUUAAGUCGCAAGUUAGUGUUUAUCGGAUUCAGCCUUGUUCUACAACAUUUUCUUGGUGAGAUAGUCUUCAGUUGGUGAUUUAGACAUAAUCUAGACUAAUGUGUUUUUUUUAGGGUAUUAUUUGUUUUGGGUUGUGUGGAUUAACCUAUGAAUCAUUUUUAGUAUUGGUGAUGUGAGCUUUGUAGUUGUUAAUUAAGUGUGAUUUUUGGGGUUAUUGUUUUUGUAAUGUUAUUGAGUUCGAUAAAUUUAGUAUAUUGUAGUCAUCUUUUCUAUACACGUUUAGAUUGAUUUUUUUUUUGGGGGGAGGGGGGAGUUCUUUCCGUUAGGUCACUCUAAUUCUAUCUUGUACAAAGAAGUUUGUAUAGUUUUUAUUUUAUUUUAUAGUUUCUAUUAUUUUUAAGAAGUAAAGAGAAUUUCAUUUUUUAGUUAAAGUGGUGCGAAAAGACUAGAUAUUCUAAGUAUUAUUUUUGCAUAUGCAUGCUUCAUGAUAGUAUUGUUAAUUACAAGAGUUUUUUUUUUUUUUUUGUGCGUGUGGGGGUGUUAUGAACUUAUGAUUAAGAAAUGUUAGGUUAUUCUAUUUCUAUCUUGUACAAAGAAGUUUGUGUAGUUUUUUAUGUUAUAAUUUCUAGUCUUUAUGAGAAGUAAUUAUAUAUAUAUAUAUAGGGUUCUUUCACUAAGGAUCCAUUUUUUUUUUGGCCAAUUUGAGGGACAAUAAGGACAGCCGUUGGAUCUCUUUUAAUGAUUUUAGACGGCUGAGAUUAAAUAUUUAAAUCAAAGAAUUCAACGCUCUCUAACACCUAUAACCCAGAAUUCCCAAUUUUAGAUUUCCGGCAUCGAAACCGGCCAGAUUUCAACACUGAUAUAUCAGUUAAUCGACAUCGACAUCGGUUACAAUUUCGGUUCGUUUUUUGAUAUAAAAAAAAAUGAAACUUGCAGAUAUAAUCUUCAAAUCCAUCAAGGAAGAAGUCAAGAAGAUGAAUUUCGGAGGUAUAGUUUUCUCAAAUUUAUCAGAAAUCAAUUGAAGAAGAAAAAUUUAACCACUGUAGCAUUUUCAGAUCAGAUCUGAGUUUCAAUUGUUUUCCUAACACAAACAUAUAAUACACGAAUCAAGAGUUUAUCUUUUUCUCCAAAAAAACCUCUAAUAAUAUCCCGUCAAAUUGAAGAAGCCUCCAGUUGCAAUUUUUUGCGGUUGGAAAGUGAAGGAAAUGAAAACAAAGUUUUGGGUUUGUUCUUUGAGGUUGGAGAAAAGAGGAGGAGAGAUAAGUUUGGGGUGGAAACAACGAACGUUGAGAAAAUCAGACGAGCUUGAAUUGGUUCUGGUGAUGAUGGUUUCAUAGCUGAUUAUAGUUUUGGAUAGAAAAAUAGAAACGUUUUGGAUAGGAGUCAUCGUGGAGAGUGGAGGCUAAAAGUGGACUAGUAGGAAUCAUGUGCGUAGAUGUCUAUGAUAGAAAAGCUGUGACCACUUUGAUUUAAUCUCAGCCGUCCAAGAUCACUAAAAGAGAUCCGACAGCUGUUCUUGUUGUCCCUCAAA